CCCCCUUUCCCCCUUUCCCUCUCUGAAGCCCUAGUUGCUGAAGAUCACCGCCAGCCCCCAACGCUAUCUCCUUUCUCAGACACUCUUUCUUAGUUUCUCGUCACUCUCUCCCACGAGCUCAAGCUCUCGUCAGCUCGUCUCAUCUCCGGUAUCUCACCUCUCGUCUCCGGUCUGUCAAGCUCUCGUCAGCUCAAGCUCUCCCUUCCCUGCGCUCGCUUAGCCGGCGGCAGAAGCAGACGGAACCGCAUCUGGUCCCUCGGGUGGUGGUGGUCGUCGUCUUCUUGCUUCUCACGGUCUCUGUCUCGCACCUGGUCUCGAUUUCUGCCUUCCCUGCGCUCUUCGUAGCCGGUAACAAAAUUCUUGUCGUCUUCUUGUUUCGAGCCUUGCCGUCAGCUUCUCCCUCGCCAUCAGCUUUUCCUUCGUCGUCGUCAGCUUUCUUUGCGCAACCUGAUUUGCUAUCUGCCAGCUGUGCGCCGCAUUCCCCUUCUCCGCCGUCGUCUCCUUCACUUCGCCGGCACAAGCUUGUCCGUUUUCGCUUUCCUCGCUCUCGUCUUUGUGCCAUCGCAAUCGUCACCUUCCAGCCACUUGGUAGACGUUGUUGUCGCUGUCUCCUUCCCCUCGACUCCUCCUUCUCAGAAGCCUUGCAAUUGCCAACGUCGCCUCUCAGAUUGCAGUUCGAAAAGGUUAUUAUCCUCUUUUGGGGAUUUGUGAUUCCUAGUUCGCUGAGUGCCAUUGAUCAUUGGUCGCCGGAGGUGAAGGGGCAGGGGAUGGUUUGUUUUGGACAUCUUGGAAAAAAUGUUGCUGAGAUUGGUUCAUAUGCGGAUGUGAUUCUUGAUGCUUGUUGCCAGAAUAUUGGAGAAGCUAAUUAGAAAUUUCUUGUUUAUUGUUUAUGGAGCCAAAAAAUGAGCAGCCAAAUUCUUCAAAGAAAGCAAAGGAUCUGAAUAUUGAGGGAUACCCAGUUGGGGGUCUGUCCAUUGGAGGCCAUGAAACUUGCAUCAUAUUUCCCACUCUUAAAGUAGCUUUCGACAUCGGUCGCUGCCCACCUCGCGCCGUUUCCCAAGACUUUCUGUUGAUCUCCCAUGCGCACAUGGAUCACAUAGGAGGACUACCGAUGUAUGUUGCCACACGUGGCCUGUACCGUAUGAAGCCACCAACAAUUAUUGUACCAAUUUCAGUAAAAGAGGAUGUAGAGAAACUCUUUGAAGUCCAUAGGAAAAUGGACCAUUCAGAGCUCAAGCACAACUUGAUUGGGUUAGAUGUAGGAGAGGAGUUUUAUUUGAGAAAAGAUCUUAAAGUAAAAGCAUUUCGGACUUACCAUGUUAUAUCCAGCCAGGGUUAUAUACUGUACUAUGUAAGGCAGAAACUUAAACCAGAGUACAUUGGUCUUUCCGGAAAUGAAAUCAAGAAUUUGAAGUCUUCGGGUGUGGAGAUAACAUACACUUUGACAGAACCUGAGAUCGCAUUCACGGGAGACACCAUGUCAGAUUUCAUAGUUGAUGAAAGUAACACUGAUGUUUUGCGGGCUAGAAUUCUUGUCAUAGAGUGUACCUUCGUGAACAAUUCAAUCACUGUGGAGCAUGCCAAAGAUUAUGGACACACGCAUCUGUCUGAGAUAAUUGGUUAUGCCGAACGGUUUAAGAACAGAGCAAUCCUCUUGAUUCACUUUUCAGCACGUUACACCGUGGAGGAAAUUGAAGAAGCUGUAACUGGUUUGCCACCUCCUCUAGCUGGUCGAACUUUUGCACUUACCGAAGGUUUCUGACAAGAAGUUGGGAGUUUGGUUCAAGUAACCAAUGUGGUCACAAGAUUGUUGUUUAGCCAUUAACUGCAUUGGAACCGUAGCGGAAAUUGCAACCUUUACUAUGUAUACCAUUUUAAUCCCAAUUUUCGCAGCACGUCACAACCACAACCACCAUUGUAGGUGCAAUUUAAAACCAUCCAUCCGCUUUUUUAGCAAGUGGUCAUAGGCAAACUGCACAUUGUCAUUGCUGGAAAAUGAGCAGUGGAAUGCAAGGCAAAGUCGGCCGCUUUAGGCCCCCCCUCCUGCUCUUCCCAAUUUUUUUUCUUACCUCUUUACAAGCCAUUAGGCUCUGCAGUGAGCACAAAUUUUUAAAAGGUACCCUCACGCUACGACACAAUAUAAGUAUAGCAUUUUGUUAUAGAUAUUAAACCUAAAACACUGAUUUUUAUUACAAUUUU